UCGCGUUUGUGACAAUCUCUCCCGUCGAUCCAAGCACGGCCACUAUCGAUACUUAGAUCCUCUACCAUGUCUGUGAGAGAAAUAAGGGAACAGUUUGGUGAUGAUUUGGAUGAAAAGCUGGUCGAAGAAUGCGUCUCGAUGUGCAAAAUUUACCAGCAGAGCGCAGAAGACCUCUUUUAUAAAUGGGAAUCCAUACAUCUCAAUCUUUCCUCACGCUCUGAAAUCCGGCCACCGUUCACCAUGGACUCUGUCGCGUCCUUGAAAGCGUCCUUGAACCGCGGGCUCGCGGCAGGCAGUAAGAAGGCCCAGCCAAAGCCGAAGACAAUGAGAGGAGGUCGUAACUUAAAUCCUGCUUUUGCUGCGCGCUACUCUGGUGCGAGUCAUGGGACAACAGUGAAAACCGAGUCAGACACGAUGGUGGUCGAUAUUCCUGCGAGUGUAUCUGCCGCUGUGACAUACAAAGGCCCAAAGGAAGAUAUGGCGUCCAGGAAGAGACGUGCUUACCGAUAUAUGUAUGAAAAGGUUUCCGAACGCAGUGAAGUUUUAGAUGAGCAAAUAGACGAAUUCGCUGAGCUUAUCCGUGAACACUACAAGAUCCCAGUCUCUGGAUUCAGCGACCCAGCUUCGUCCACCGAUGAAGAGGUCACGGUAGUCGGACGCAUAGUACAGGAGUCAGAAUCAGAACCUGGCACCAAAUUAACGGAGACUUCAUUGACUCUUGAGACAUCCCGAAUGCUGGGUUCAGGAUCGCGAGUACCCCUCCGCUUUACACCUUCCUUAAAGAUACGUGGGGGGGCUUUGGGUGCCGGUGGAAUCAGUUUCUUCCCAGGCGCAUUGGUGGCUUUGAAAGGCAAGAAUGGGGGGGUAGGCUCGUUCUUGGCCUCAGAAGUCCUCGCACCGCCACCUCUACGCACACGGUCUUCAAGGGCUUUUUCGGAUCCUAAUUUUUCAGAUUCUUCGUUCUUGAUGUAUAUAGCUAGCGGACCGUAUACCUCGGAUUUAGAUCUCGGCUUCAAACCUUGGAGAGCUUUUCUCCCGAUUCUGAAGUCCAAAAAGCCCACAGUGGUAGUAUUGAUCGGUCCAUUCAUCGAUGCUUCCCACCCUCUCUUGAAGGCGGGGGCCAUUGACACUACUCCUCUCAAGCUAUUCCAUGCGCAGUUUACAAAACCCCUACGAUCCUAUCUCGAUUCAUCCCCAGGUAGUAUCGCUAUCUUAGUUCCCAGUGUCCGUGAUCUCGUGAGCUUCCACGCUGUAUAUCCACAGUGCGAGUUCAGUUCCGAAGUGUCCAAUCGUGAUUCCCGUAUACAUCUGCUUUCGAAUCCAGCACAGUUUUCCAUAAACAACAUAAAGGUUGCCGUCACCAGCGUGGAUGUUCUCUUUCACCUUCGAAAAGAGGAGCUAUUGAAACGGGGUGAAGAAAUAGACUCAAUAGUCCCUUCAUCUCCCGAAGACACGGGCACGGACUCUAUGGCAAACACAUGUCGACAUGUGCUACAACAGCGAAGUUUUUAUCCGUUAUUUCCUGUUCCCCAGGAACUGGCUCAUGAAGUUAAUCUCGACGUCACUCAUUCGCAGCUGCUGAAACUCGGUGAAUCAGACAAUGAGAAUGUCGCUCCAGAUGUGUUAAUUAUCCCCAGUCGUCUUAAGCAUUUUUCAAAGUCCCUAGAUACUACUUCAGUUUUGAACCCUUCGUUCUUGACCAAAGGAACGUAUGCUGUAGUUCAAAUGGGACUUGGUGGCGUCAUCAAGCUAGAGAUCGUCAAAAUGGAUAGCUCGUGAAAUCGUUAUACCUUUUUAAAUGUACUGUUUUUAGAAACACGCUCCUCCUCUAACUGGGCAUGGCAACAGCUGAUCACGAC